CGCCUCCCUCCUCAUCCGCAUUCAGCUGCCAGUUUACUACCUCUGCCUAGAAAUAUUUACUUACUAGGCUACUACUACUACUCCUACUACUAGUAUUAGGCAAAAGGAAUCUAUGAAAACCCCUGCGUCAUUUGAUUUGCAGCGUGCGCAUAGAAACUCACUUUAAAACACCAGGACUUGUUUCCAGAGCAGAAUUACGCAGUCUGGGUCGCUUCCUUUGCGUCUUUUCCUAAGCAUUUUUGCCUUCUUAGCGUUUUAGGUUUUAGGUUUUUGCUUUUUUUAUUGUUUAAAAUGUACCAGUCUUUGCGGAAGUUCUUUUUCACGGAUUGUCAUUGCGCACAAGAUGCAUCCAAAACGUACGAGGAGCUGUUCGCCAAACUGGACACGAAUAAAGAUGGAAAAGUGGAUGUGUCUGAGCUGCGAGAAGGCCUGGCCGCGAUGGGGUUCAAGGCUGGAAAAGGAGCCGCACAGAAAAUCGUUUCCUCCGGAGACAAGGACAAAGACGAGGGCCUGGACUUUGAGGAGUUUUCCAAAUAUCUGAAGGAACACGAGAAGAAGCUGCGACUCACGUUCAAGAGUCUGGACAAAAACAACGACGGUCAAAUCGAUUUCAUGGAGAUAAAGCAGUCGCUGGCCGAUCUGGGUUUGGACAUCAGUAAAGAGGAGGCGGAGAAGAUUCUACAGAGUAUCGAUGUGAACGGCACCAUGACUGUGGACUGGUCCGAGUGGAGAGAGCACUUCCUGUUUAACCCGGCCACAAACCUGCAGGAAAUCAUCCGCUACUGGAAACACUCCACGGUGCUGGACAUCGGGGACAGUCUGACCAUCCCGGAUGAGUUCACGGAGGAGGAGAAGACCUCGGGGCUGUGGUGGAAGCAGCUCUCUGCAGGAGCCAUGGCCGGAGCCGUGUCCAGGACGGGGACGGCCCCUCUGGACAGGAUGAAGGUCUUCAUGCAGGUCCACGCGUCCAAAAGCAACAAGAUCAGCCUGGUGGGCGGGUUCAAGCAGAUGUUAAAAGAGGGCGGAGUCACGUCUCUGUGGAGAGGCAACGGCAUCAACGUCCUCAAGAUCGCCCCGGAGACGGCCAUCAAGUUUAUGGCCUAUGAGCAGUACAAGAAGCUUCUCUCCAGUGAACCCGGGAAAGUCAAAACACACGAGAGGUUUAUGGCCGGAUCUUUGGCCGGAGCCACGGCGCAGACGGCAAUUUAUCCCAUGGAGGUGAUGAAAACCCGGCUCACGUUGAGGAAAACCGGGCAGUACUCGGGAAUGUUCGACUGCGCCAAGAAGAUCCUGAAGAGAGAAGGAGUGAAAGCUUUUUACAAAGGCUACGUCCCAAACAUCUUAGGCAUUAUCCCGUACGCCGGCAUCGACCUGGCCAUCUACGAGUCCCUGAAGAACAUGUGGCUGUCUCGUUACGCCAAAGACACGGCCAACCCCGGGGUCCUGGUGCUUCUCGCCUGUGGCACCAUCUCCAGCUCCUGUGGGCAGAUCGCCAGCUACCCCCUCGCCCUCGUCCGCACACGCAUGCAGGCGGCAGCGUCUGUGGAGGGCUCGGAGCAGAUGCCGAUGGGCCGGAUGGUGAAGAAGAUCGUGGCGAAAGAGGGAUUCUUUGGACUUUACCGCGGGAUUCUCCCAAACUUCAUGAAGGUUAUCCCAGCUGUGAGCAUCAGUUACGUGGUCUACGAGUACAUGCGCUCAGGCCUGGGUAUACAGAAGUAACCGACCAAUCAGGAGCCGAGGAGACAUCACAUGUUUACCCCUUUUACAAAGAUUCAACGGAGCCAUAAUAAAUCUGUCGUUUUUUGUUUUUUUUUACAUUUUGAGGUUCUACGUGUUGUUUACAAAGAGCAGCUUUAAAAUGAAAUGUGUGGCUCGAGUCGCCGUAGUCAGUGUAGUAGUGAGUGUUUGUAAAAAAAAUAUUAGCAAUGUACAGUUAGUUAAAGCCCCAUCGCGUAACUUUUUAACUGAAAAAUAGACUUGAGGAAAAGUUUUUUGUUUUUUUUUUCAUUUUGGAUGUUUUUUAUUCCAUUCAAAUAUGUGUCCGUACUGUGCGUGGGCUUGCAUCUCCACAAACCUGACUAUUAUUUGAUCUCUUCCUGCUUGUUUCCAUGGAAAUCUUGUUCUUUUGGCUAAAAUAUCCCACAGUAUGACAUAAAACUCCACAAAAAAAUGUUCUGAAGCGUGGUUUUAACUUUAUAUUUCCAUGGAAUCGUGCAGGUGACGUGCCACCUCCAGAAAGUUACGCGGUGUGGCUUUAAACUGCAAAAUACAAGUGAUUUAUGAGUCAUUUUGAAUAAUUAUAACACUAUACGUUAGUGUUUGUUGGUGUUAAAAAGUCCAUGAUGCACCUUGUCAUGGUUUAUACACAAUUAUUUAAACUUUUUAGAGCCACUAUUGGACGACACUUUUUAUUUGUUGUAAUUAGAGAUCGACAGAUACGGGGUUUUUCACGAUGCAGAUUGUUUAAAAUCCAGCUCUGCCCAUACAUAACAAUGAUUUAAAUGAAUGUAAAUUUACUCCAAACUCACUCACAGCUCUUUUUUUUUUUACCACAAACCUAUAAAAAAAGCUGUUUUAUGCAGUUAUUUCUUGCACUAAAACUAAAUGUCGCCCUCUGCUGGACAUUUAAUGCCAGUGAUGGGAAGAAAACUUGGAAAAUGUAUUUACAAAAAACUGAAAACCUGCAUUAAAAUGGAUUUUGCAGCAUAUUCUGAUACAGAGUCCAAACAGAGUACUGGGUUGUGAACAUUUUGAACACUUUUUACGCAGAGUUGCAUUUAAAUUAUAUCGUAAACACACGACGUAGGAUUAAAAAUAGCUUUAUAUCUCUUUCACCGUUUGUUCUGUAUUCAUUUUUCAGUGAUCAGAGAAGGAAAAAUCUCACAUGUCUCACUACAAGAGCUGUGUUUAUGCUUUUUCUCACUGAUUUUGUGCAGUUUGAAGCCAAAAUAUGCCAUCACUUACCGUCAUGUAUUUCUUUUAUUUUAGGAAAGUAACUCUAUUCUGGCCCAGUUACUUUUUUACUCAAAAUUAGUAUUCAGAAAAUGUAUAGCCGAGGUGCUAAAAAGGGCAAGCGAGUGCUAACAGGAGGUAUUACACUGACUACGGAAUUGUACAAUCAUAUUUCUAUAUUUGUAACAAACACAACUUUUGACACGUGUUUCAACCAAAGUAAUGAACCUGGGAAAACGUAAUAUGCAAUUAGUUAAAGAAAGUGUAGUAAAGACGUCCAAAAGUUAAACGUUUUGUUUAAAAGUUUCCAUUUUUGAAGGUUUAACGGGCCCGUAUUAUGCUAUUUUCUGAUCUAUGUUGUAAUGUUGUUUCUUCAUCACAAACAUUUCCAAUCUCUUUGAGCUUUGGAGCCGUAAAAGGCGACUUAAACACACGUGAAUGAAACAAAACACAACUCCAGGUGUGUUUUUGAUGAGGUAACAACAUUAAAACAUGACUUAAACAUCACAAGAGUAAAUUCUUCUUAAUAUAGGACCUUUAAAAACCAGAAAACAAACGUGCAAUACUGUAUUUCCAUCUAAAUGCUGUUGUUUGAGGUGGGCCAUAUUUUUAACGUGCCUUGUUAUGUCAUUGUCCCUAUGAUUAUAAAGCCUUUGGUUUGUUAGAAAAUGUUUACUUUAAUAAAAAUAUUGACAUUUU